CAUCCAGGGUAUCGUUCUUACUCGCGGAUAUUCUAUUCGAUUCUACUGCAAUCUCGAUGGACGCUUCUCUCGUGUCUCUAUACGAUGAGGAUAUUCCGUGGCUGUAUACAGAAGUCGAGUUGCAGUUGCUGAAAGAGGAUAUCAUCGUCUAUUGAUCAUCGUUCGAUUGUUCCUUCGCUGUCGGGUGAUACGGCUUUUAAGUGAUACGAGCGUAUGUUUACGCGGUGCGUCCGUACGACGAGGAAACGAUAGUGCUUGUUGAAUUUCCGUACAUGUCGAUGUUGAUCGAGAUGUAUGAAUCUUAUCGACCGAAAUGUAAAUAAAGCUAAAUCGCUUAAUUUCUCACGUCGAUGAAAAUGGAUUGGUGAAAGGUGGCCCGGAAGCUUCUCAACGAAUCUUCUUUCUUUCCGUCUCUCUUUAAAUGGCAAGAAUUAAUCGUACGAGCAAGAGACAUUGAAACGAUAGGAAGCGCGGAAACGAGUACACGCAACCGUGGUUCCCACCUUUUUCCAAACCUCUUUUCCUCUCGUUUUUCACCCUUUUUUUUUUUUUUUUUUUUUUUUCCCUCGUGGCCGUACACUCUUUGAGAGCGAACUCUCGCCACACGGUUAUAAUUGCUGCUCCGUAAGCUGAAAAAAAGAGUCUCGCGGAAAAAUCGAGGUCGAAGGGAACAAAGAGGAGGACCUUUGUUCUUGCCCAUUUUUAUUUCUUUUCUCCUCUCUGGCCUGCACACAGCGAAGAGAGAGAGAUUCUUACUACGGAUUCGUGGUAUCUUAUCGAGAAAGAGAGUAGCGGGAGGAUCUCGUUGUUUACCUGACGUAUUAGACGUGCCAUUAACGAAGACGACGACGACGACGACGACGACGACGACGACGACGCGACGCGAUGGAAAUGGACAAUGUGGUUCACGGAUAGAGAGUCGCGAUCACCGAGAUUUCCAGGUUCAGCGAGUGAACCACGUGCUCAUCAUCGUCUCGAUGAUCGCUUUUUUCGAAAUUCAUCGACGUCCGAUCGAAGGAAAUACGAAGGAAACGACAAUUCAUACAUUUCUCUGUACUUGUCCGUGUUCUUCUUACACGACGUAUGCCAUUUUCCCGGUAUAUUAAUCUUUCGUACUCCGCACGAAUCGAUUGACUAUGUGCCAAUUGUUAUUUAGUUUUACUUUCAUCGAUAAAGCGAUGGAAAAGAAAAGAAGUUCACAAUGCACAGGUAAAUUCGUAUCAUAGAUAUUUAUUAGGUACUUUCUCUCUUCUAAAUAUAUGAGAUUUAGCUUUAAAAUACUCCAUCGUAUAAAAAUGCUGGGAUCGUUAACUGAUCAUAUUGAAAGAUUUUGCAAAGGGUGAAAAUCUGGCGGAUGUAUUUAGGGAGCAGCGUUGUUAGCACGUUCCGUGCUCACUAAAAAGCAAAAGUUCUGCUAUAUCAGAAUUACGUAAUGUUCAAUAUAUUAACAUUUUAAAUAAGAUUUUGCUAGCUUCACAUAAUCGUGAAUAAAAGACUUCGCAGGUUUCCUCGACUUUGAAAGAACGCGAAUAGUGUUUCUUUAUUGUUCAAAAAUUAUAACAAAAAUCUCGUUUGCUUGUAGAGAAGAGAAACUGCAAUCAGUCACAGUUUUUAGUUCGAUCUAAAAACUAAAGACCAGUAACGAAUAGACUGCAGCCGACGAAGUGUUUGCUUUCGUGUGUAUCUUGGACCACGGGGGACCCGAGGGGCACGGGGCGCGUUAGAAUUCCAAAAGCUACGUUCCCACGUGACCCGGACACACGGCGCCACGAGACAUCCGUUCGGAAUCGAGAUUAACGUCUGUCCACGAGGAAAAUCGUUCGAUCGACAAUUUUACAUCGUACGGACCAUGUGCGUACUCAAAUAAUCGGUUUCGUUCACCUUCUGUGUGUGAUUCGCCCAACGUUUUCCUAUUCUUUCUCUCUCGUUAUCCUAGUUAUGGUGCUCCAUUGUAGGACCACUAUGUGUCGUUAGAUGCUAUCGUGCUCGUAACUUGACGGCAAUCGAUAGUUUCCUCCGAGGAAAGGAAGGAGAGAGCUGCAGCUCCUCCCUCUCGACCUUCUCGAGUUCCGUGGAGACUCGUUUCCGACGUACUUUCCUGGUGGUGCAGGUGAUAUGCGGUACCGGUGGAUCGUCGUUGGAAGGGACGGUCGUCUGAACGGCGUGCGACACGGGAUCGAUCGAAUGUACGCGACCACGCGACCACUAGCCGAUCUCCGGAUCAGGACAAAGCUGAACCGUGUCCGGGAUGAGGCGUUCGAACGUGAAAGAUAAUCGGUCAGUCGUGUCGAGAGAUAUAUCUGAACCAGCUGGCUAGAUGUACAUCGUAGUAACGCGAAUGUAUAGUAGUACGAUCGAAUAGUUAAAACGGUGAAGUUCGAAGUCGCGGUUGGAUAACGAUAGGAGAUACCUGCAUGCGAAGACAACGAUCUGGGAGAUCGGAGGAAAUAGUGUGAAACAGUAGUGAACAGCUGAAGUGUGACAGAUACGUGAAAUUUAGAGAAAGAAUAAUCAGAGAAAUUUUAGCACAAGUGAUAAAAGUGCUCGAAUAUUUAAAAAAAGAAGGCGCGAUAAAAUCAAACACGAGGAAUUACGCGAGAGAUUAAAAGCGCAAGCUUUGAAAACGCUCGCUAAGAGAACUGAGGAAUUGAAAGAAAAAAAAAGAAGAACAAAAGAAAUUAAUUACAUUUCGAAGAAGCGAAUAAAUUAUCGACGAUCCAUCGAGAAUAAAAAUCCGAGAUAAAAUUGGAAGAGUGUAGCGGAAUUGUAUAAUAGAGAAAAGAAAUAGAGAAACAAGAUUGAACGAAACGUUUGAAGGGAUAAUAAGGUUAAAGCGUGAAAAAGAUAAAAAGGGGCGGAAAACGAAAAAGGCAGAAAAGCUGGCGUCCAAAGCACGUGAGGGUGGCUCUCGCGGGACUCGGACCCGUCGACGAACAAAUGGCGGCUCGUUGUCCAGCCGAGGAAGCGCGACGGGUAUGCAGUGUGGCCUGUGCGCUGUCGUUGCGGGACUUUUCCGUCGAGCCAUGUGUAUCGCCGGCAGCAGACGAGGUUCCGGCGAAUCCUGCUAUCAGGAGCUUACCGAUGCCGAAGGGCGACGACAUUCGCAGAUCGCACCCAUCGAGACCGGUCUGACUGCGGCGGAGAUCGCGGAACACGUUAUAGAGGCCGUUGAGGCUGUAGAGGAGAGGAGAAGUGCGGAGAUAACGGUGGACAGUGGGGAGCAGAAUGCCGUGUUCAUCCGCAUUUCCGAAAACGCCGCAUUGCCAACAUCCGGCGUAUCGGUGACUUUGACGGAAGUGCGCAAUGAAGCCAGGACAGAUACGACGUUCAGACGCUUGUCAGAGGUAGACCGCAGCCUGCUAGAGAGUUUGGAUAUCGGUCGUUCCAGGCCCAGACCCACCGGUCGAUUCCUGACGAUGCACAAGAGACGCCGUAAGAGGCUUACCACUAGAUCCUUAACCGAAGAGCCUGGUAUCCUGGACGAUAUCUUCCACGGCCUGGUUCAGUGCGUGUUACAGAAGGCUAGCAACUGGCGAUUUAAUGCGUUCACGCUGGAAACGGUGACUGGAGGACGUUCGCUUCCGGUACUAUGCGUCCACCUUUUCCACUGGUACGGACUUCUGGAGUACUUCAACCUGGACGUGGUAACCGUGUGGAAAUUGUUCGCCUUCAUCGAGGAGGGUUAUCAUAGCACAAAUCCUUACCACAACAGUAUACACGCGACCGAUGUGACGCAGGCGAUGCACUGCUUCCUCCAAGAAGAAAAAAUCAGGGCGCACUUAACCAACUUGGAGAUUAUGGCGUCGCUGAUUGCCGCGGUGACGCACGAUCUGGAUCAUCCAGGCGUCAAUCAACCGUUCCUAGUUGCCACGAGCAAUCACUUGGCUGCUCUCUAUCAAAACACGUCGGUUCUUGAGAACCAUCAUUGGAGGUCAGCGAUAGGAUGUCUUCUGGAGAGUGGAGUUUCCGAUCAACUGCCAGCCAACGUGAGGCCAGAACUUCAGCGGCACAUCAGUUCGUUGAUUUUAGCGACGGACAUCACCAGACAACAAGAGUUUCUCAUUCGAUUCAAACAUUACUUGGACGAUAACCUGCUGGAAAUGAGACGCGCAGAUGAUCGGCAUUUUAUCCUGCAAAUAGCCCUGAAAUGCGCCGACAUAUCGAACCCGUGCAGGCCUUGGGACAUCUCGCAAAAGUGGUCGCACAAAGUAUGCGAAGAAUUCUUUCGUCAAGGUGAUUACGAACGUCGUCUAAACCUUCCGGUGACGCCAUUAUGCGAUCGGCAUACCACUAGCAUACCAAAGAUACAGGCUGGAUUCUUUAAAUUCGUCGUGACGCCUCUAUACGAGGAAUGGCAUCGUUUCCUGGGCGAUGGUCUCAGUGUAUCGUUAAUGGAACACCUGCGUACAAAUCAGAAGAAAUGGGAAGCUUUAAUUUUGCAAGAAACAGCGAAGGAUACGGAAACGGAAAUCUCGGAACUCGAGGAGGUGGAAGACGCCGUCAGCUCUGUGGGAGAUCCAGCUGCGGAAGAGGAUACAGCAAGUAUCGAUUUGCUGAUACCAGCUGCGUACGUUCAAUCCUCUAAGAUGCAGAGUCUGCCAGCGCGAGUUGGUCUGGAACGUGUUGGAAGACGCCAUUCCGUACCAUUAAAUAUCACGCAACCCAUGACUCUUCUUCCACGAAGUAACGUUAGGCGUGAGAGUCUACCGACUGAACAGAGCAGAUCGAGGAAUCUUUUAUGGAAAUUGGAUGACCAGAGUCUUUUAGAUCCAAGCUCGAUGUCUUUAUUGUCGUCUAAGACCAGUAUACCCGAACUUUCCCCGAGUGCCAGUAAUACAGGGGAAAGACCGGUCAGUGCUGAAAGUCUGCUGCCAGAAACCAGCAUAGCCAGUAUCACGAAUAGCACUGAAGCCUCGAGAUUAAGCACGGUAUUACAAUCGGAUGCGGAAAAGCCAAGUACACAGACGAAACAACUAACGAGACAACAGACCUUCCCUCCACUACAACCAUAUGUCAGAACAAGGUACUUGUCCACGACCGCGGAGAUGUCGCAAUGUUACUCACAGAUCUUAUUAGAGGCAGACAGUUCGGCUUCUUCCUCGUGCUCGGUGAAAGAGAAAUCAUGUUCGGAUGGCCGCUGCGGUACUCCCCCGUCAAAGGAAAUGGAUACCAGUAACGUUGCAAUAUCGAAAGAAGUAAAUAUGUUAAAUAAGAGACGAGGUUCCGCGAUUCCGGAAACGUUUAGACAGAAAACAGAACCGGUACCAACUAUCGAAUAUCCACGUCGUCAUUCGGUUCAAACGAUCCGUAUAGAAGAUAUCAGCUUAAAAAAUCGAUACAAACGACCAACUUCUGCUCAAGGAACAGAUUCCACGCAUGUUUUCUACGCGUCUUUAGCCGGUUCACGUACCGACAAGGAUGGUCACAGCAUCGAGGAAGAAUCUAAGCCAGGUACUAUCUUCGUCUCGAUAUUAGAAAGUGAAAAGUCGAUAAACGAGGAGCAACGGACUACAAUAUUUAAAAAAUCAGAACAGUAUGGUUCGAUAACCGUUACUGCGAAACCAAAGUGCACCAACUCCGAAUUACGAAGAUACUCAACUCCUGUGCCAGAAACUAAGACAAUAACGACUGAUACCAGUGGUAGACGAUUUACCGCGAUACCAGUAUCCUCCGAACUUAGCACACAUAAAGUGUUCUUUAUUGGUAGCCCGCCAGACUCGCCGCCCCUUGUUCAGAGCGUGUCUUCAUCGAGCGAUAGUGGUAGCGACUCGCGAAGAGCAGAUACGAAUAACGAGAUUGUUUCUAUCGGUAACAAACGGGAUCCGGAUCCUAUGAAAGAACGAAAUUCAAAAGUAGCCAAACUAAGUAUGGAUAUGCAGAUGAAGGAGAACGUUGAUCCGCGAGCGAUAGAAGAUACAAAAGGAAUUAGUUUGUCUAGAAAGGGAAGUCAGUCAUGGACCAGACGACGUGGCUCUGCUCCAGUUGGCCUCAUGUCUAGAUUGGAUGACAUUACGGCACCAGCUAUACCAACCAGGGUUGAUCAUAGUUCCAGGCGUGGUUCUGUACCAAAUGACAUUACUAGACAGCAGGGUGGUGGCUUUAAUAGACUGGCCUUAGGACCUCGAGAGGGUAAUGUUGCAGGACCUCGAAGAGCAAGUCUCCCGCAAGAAACUGCUCUUGGAAAUCUUCUUGGCAAUAUCUUGUCUUUAACAAAUGAACGAGAAAAUCUCCCAAUAAAUAAUAACAAUAAUAAUAACAAUACCGGAAGUAGCAACAAUAACGGAAUAACAAGAAUAAUCGAUAGUACCGGCCCUGGCAUGCCGUCACCGCGGCGAGGUUCAGUGCCAGCAGACAUAUCCGAAUUACGCCGUGAUAUGUUCAAUAGGAGUAGCAUAAAUGGUAAGCCUCGUAAUCGGAAAAAGAUAUUGAGGAGAAGGAGUUCCGGAGGACCAGAAAUGUUCUCUGGAGGAUCCACAGAUGGAAACGAUAAUGGCACAUGGCUUAAAUGGAAGAGGGAACUAGGAAAAAAGGACUCGAUUCCUGAACCGAUCGUCAAACGAAGAGGUUCCUUGCCCAUAGAGAUGGUGGCCAUUACUCAUGCUGGUCGGUACAAUCAUAGAUAAAGGAGGAUGUCGUUAAACACAAGCCGGAUCAGGAUCAGGAGCACGAAGAUCUAGCUUAUGGAGGCUUUAGCAUGCAGUAGAAACAAGUGGACCGUCCGUGUUAUCAGCGGUUAACAUCAGAUCAUCGAAUACUACCGUACUGACAGUCUUUCCUUACAACGUUAGCAGCAACAGCGAUGAUUGACUUCCACGUUUCUGGAUUGCCAAAACUGGAACUCUUCUAACCAACUGUAAUUGUGGGCAAGUGAAUUUUGUAAAAUUAAUCAAGAUUUCUAUAAUAAUAUUUGCAAUAAGAAAACGAAGGAAAAUGUUUGCGGCGAUUUAUUAAACGAUCGUUAAUAAUAAUUUUAUUGCCGUUAUCCCAAAUACUACGCGUAUUAUAUGCCUAUAGUAAAGAAAGUGAAACAAGCUACUUUAAAGGAAAAUGGUAUAUGUAUAUCUUUGAACAUCGGUAUAGUAUACAAAUUCAAGAUUGGCAGAUUGUAACAUGAAAUUUUGCGACAGGGUUAAAUAAUAGCGAACGAAGAAUGAAGAAGUAUGAAUUCUAAAUUCUUCCCCGCAAUUAGUGCACCCGCGUGGAAGAAGUAAAAGUAAUAUACGCAUAUUAGUUAUGUGAGCUCUAUAUUCAUUUGUGCCAUACACAAAUGUUGUUGAAAAUGAGACACAGUCAAACACAGGGUUCAAAAUAUGACGAUUUUAAUAAUUAAAAUGCCUAGGUUCGGAGAAGGAGAAAAGACUGGUAGAGAAACUCACCGUUAUAAAAUUAGACACUUCUAAAGUGGCACAUAAACUGAUUGAAACCUAAUGACAUUUGCUCAUAGUUAAGGAAAUUAAAAUUUUUCGAAACAAUUGGGAUAGAAUGACGUUUUAUCUUCAUUCGGUUGAUCAUACUUAGCGUGCGUCAUUCCCAUCAAAUAUUAAAUACGUUUCUGUACCCACCUCGAACAUAUGAUUUUUUAUUUUUUAUCGGCCAUGUUAACGCAAAACAAGUUGAAUUUAUUAUUAAGUCGAAAAUAAGAGAAAGUAACGGCUAUGAGAAAAAUAGCUCUGAUAGGAAAAAAUAUACUCAAUAUCAGAUGUAGUUUUAUUUAAACUCUAAUGAAAAUCAAGAUAGACAUUCCAUUAAAACAAAUAGCGUACAAUGCAUAGUAACAUGAAUAAGAAUUAAUCAUGAUAAAGUUGUAAUUAUCGCUAUUUAUCAUUAUUCAUUAUAUUAUCAUAAUCAUAAUCAUAACUAUUGUCAUCAUCGUUGUUGUUAUAGUUAUAAAUGAAAUCUUAAAUGACCGUUCAAGUAGAUAGACAUUGUAAACUUAGGAAGUAACAAUAUGUGCGUUUAAUCUCAAAGUUAAUUAGUUAGAGAAUUGCGUGAAAUUAUAACCAUGAUCGUUUAUUAUCAAUGAAAACUAAAGAUGGUUACACGAUGAGUGGGUUUACGGUACGUGAACCGAGAUCAAUCAAAAGCCACAAAAAUUCGUUUAUAUUAUCUAUUAAAAUAUUAAUUUAGUAAAGAACGUUCAAUUAGUAAACUUUAGUUACGUAAAGUACAAUUAUUAAACUGCCUGUGCACAAAUAUGUACAACACGGAUUCAAGCGUUAAUUUGUUUUAUUAUAAAAUUUCUGUUAUUAUAAGGUUACAAUUGUACGAAAGGGAAAUCUUUAAUAGCGUCUUGAAUUACGUUUUUUAGGAAGUAAGGAAAGUUAUAAUUUAUAUCACGUACUGUCAUAAACCUAUCGUCCCUCUGACUGUCAGAAAGUAAAGAAAUAUUAUUAAGCCAUUACAGUUCAGUAAUAAUAUAUACUGAGUCUAAGUUUAUAACUAAUUAAAGUAAUAAUUGAUAUCUGUAUUGAUGUAAUAUAGAUAGGUGAUCCAUUUUCCAAGCAAAAUAUUGCAAAGCUUAACAAACUCUCCCUGGUAAAGAUUCCAGAUCUUCUUGAUGCAAGAACUAUCAGAGCUUUAUGUGUACUUCACUCAAAAUGACCAGAAAACAAAGGUGAAGAGAAUCGCCUUGAAUAGAUUUCAAAUCUUUGAACACAAAAUAUGAAAACAAUUCUUAAGUUUUCCUAUUUAUAAUGCAGGGUCACUGCAUAAAUGACUCGUUGUAUAAGUGUAUUGACAACUAAGUUAGUAUAAAACUACUAGUCUUUCUAACUCUUAAUAUAAUUUGUAUAUAAAUAUAAAACUAUAUAUAUACAUCUCAUUUGACAAAGAAAUGCACAGACAACGCCAAGGAACACAUUGAUAAACGCUAUUGAAAAGUUUCAGUGAAAAAUUUAUUUAUUUAUACUUCUCUAAAUACUUAUCUUUACAGACAGACCAAUAAAAAUGGGACUAAAUGGAAUCUCUUCGUGAAAAUGAUAAUUGACUUAGCUUCUGAACUAAAUUUGAAUUCAAUAAUAUACAUGACCAUUCUGUCCAACUACUUUUUGAAGAAUUUAUGGCACCUAGAUAUACAUACAUGUUCCCUGUUACAAUACAAAACAUGCCUCAUUCCAAUAGAGAAUUAUUGAUGUUCUUCAAAAAUUCUCUUCUGCCAUCCUAUAGAUAUGUACCGUGUAUUUAUAUUACACUGUUUUCUAAGAUUAUAUUAUCGCGGAUGUGCAAAAUUAACGAAACAGUUUAUUAAUUAUUAUUUUAUAGGAAUGGAUGUAAUAGAAUAUUUGACAUAUAAUGCGUCAAGCAGUGUCUAUGCUCAUACAAAUAUCAAUUUUUUAUGCCAAAAUCUUACGCUAUUAUAUUAUUAUGAGUCAUUAAUCUUUUAUUAUAAUCUUUUUUCAUGCUUUUACUCGAUCAUUUUAUUUACAACGAAGGAUCAGUAAAAAAUGAAAUAAAAUUCUAAAAAUUCAGGGAUAUACGUUCUUUGUUUAAAUUACUGUAUUGAUAAAAGUUUGAAAUUAUAUUCACAUUAAAGUUAUAUCCAAUGUUAUAUUUAUAUGAAAUAUACUUUUUUUUGCAAUUUCCUUACAAUUUUUUAAACUAUCGAUUGUUCAAGAUCCUAUAUUACUAUAAUUAUUACUGUUAAAGUUCACAUAAAUGCACAUUUUGAUACCUAACAAUGGCCAAAUUAUUUAUCAUUUUUUUUUUUGUAUUAAUUUUCUUAAUACAUAUAUAAUGAUACUAUAAAUAAUUUUGUUUAUACUCCAUUCAUAAUGAAAACAUAAGAAUAAUGACAACCAAUUAUCUCUCUCUUUCUCUUGAGGUAUAUUAAUAUAUUGAAACAUCUGCGAUAUGGUGAAUAAUUAAUUAAUGUAUGAGUGAAAUUGAGAAGCUUGUUCCCAAAUUUAAUAAAAUGAUUAAGUAUAUUAAAUCAGAAUAUUUCCUUUCAAAAUAAAUCAAACAAGUGAAUACCAUAGAACGUCUCUUUUUUUUAACUAAUAUUCUUCUUUUUACGUUGAAAAUAUUAAACAUUGUAAUUAUACACCAGCAAAAAAAAAAAUCGCGUGCAAUUCGCAGUAUUGGAAAUGUCAAUUAACAAGUAACAAUUCGUAUGUAAUCGGUCUGACGAUAAGAAAGUCGUUAUGUAUUUUCUAUAAUGUUACUGGUAGAUAGCUACUGCGUUAGAUACAAUUAAACGAUGUGUUCUUAUCAUUAUUCAUAAUUAAAUUAUAAUGUCGUUACAAUAAACGCAAGAUGCGAAAUAGUAUGAAAUGGACAUGUGCAUGUGUGGCAGCGAUAAGAAUGUGAGUGUAGUUCAAUUUAUUGUCCUAUUUAUGGUGGACAGUGUGGAAAAAAAAGUUAAUAUAUAUGUAUAUGUAUGUGGUGGCUCUACAUGGCCUAUUAUAUUAUUAGAUCGAAAUUACUAUAGUAGAUAAUUAUAGUACCCAAAUUUUCUAUAAUUUUCAUUCGGUUGUAUUGAUUAUUUAUUUCAUCAAUGUACAUGCAAUUUUACCCAUUGUACGGUACAACUCCCAUUAUAAGUUUCAAAUUGAAUGAUACGUGAUACAAUAUGUAAACCCAUCUUCUUUAUUAAAAAAAACACACAAAAGUUA